CUUCUAUUCAUUCACCCAUGCUCCUGGUUGAAACACGGGAAAAAAAGACGACGAGAGGAGGCUGAUGCAGAGAGCAGCCCAUUGCUACUGAGUAAGCAUCACUAGCUAACCCUCAGCCGCGAUAGCUUCACCGUACACACGACCAUGUCGGCCACUUCGAAAUCCUGAUCUUCCACUUUAGCAACAUGGCACAAACUCGCGUAGAACACAGCGCUGGCUCGAUCUGGACCCAGGCUGCAGAUCCUAGCCUUGCUAUAUUAACGUUGUCGCUGAUCAGGCGCACAUAGCUGAGUGAGGGACCCCCCUUACGCUGUGCUCUUCGUAAUUCGCUUUCUUUCCCCCGCUUCUACAGCCUUAUUUCAAUUUCCGCUGUUUCUGCUCUGGAAAAAAAUGUUUCUCCAUUGCCAUCUUACUCUGGCGGAAACACAUUUUUCAACGUCUUGUACGCUACUCUAGAGCAAUCAUGGCUUCGUCAAAGGAUGCUGCCGUUCUUGUGGUGGAUGCCGGGCCGCCGCUGUCUGUGCUCGGCGACGCCAACGAAAAGCCACUCGAUCCAAUCGAGGAGAGCCGCUUGGUGCGCAAGCUCGACUUCAUCGUGUUUCCCGUCUUCUUUGUCAUUUACACAAUGUCCUUUCUGGAUCGCAUCAAUAUUAGCAAUGCAAAGAUUCAGGGCAUGGCCCAGGAGCUAGAUCUGUACGGUAACCGCUUCAACGUGGCCCUAUUUGUGUAUUUCAUCUCAUAUGUGCUCUUUGAGGUGCCUUCCAACAUCCUCAUCAAGAGAUUCCGCCCUUCGCGUUUCAUCUCUAGCCUCAUGUUCCUCUGGGGCAUCAUCAACAUGUGCAUGGGCUUUGUCCACAGCUAUGAAGCCCUUGUUGUGCUUCGCUUCCUGCUUGGUAUUUUCGAGGCUGGUGUACUCCCUGGCAUCAUAUACGUCAGCUCCAUGUAUUACAAACGCCAUGAGUACCAAAAGCGCGUGUCCUUGUUCUUUUGCAGCACAGUGGUGGCUGGCGCAUUUGGCGGGCUGAUUGCAUUUGCUAUUGGCAAGAUUGGUAACCCAGACACUUCUUGGAGAUACAUCUUUAUCAUUGAAGGCGCUGCCACAGCUUUCCUCGCCAUCAUUGCGUCCUUCAUCAUCAUUGACUGGCCGGAGCAGACACGCUGGUUGAGUAGCCGCGAAAAGUAUGUGCUUCGCCGCCGACUCGCCGACGACGUCGCGGAGGUUUGCAAGAUGGAUACGUUGGACAAACCGGCUCUACGGCGUAUCUUUUCCGACUACAAAAUCUGGCUUGGUGCAACUCUGUACCUCGGUAUCAGCGUUGCUGGCUUGUCUAGCACCUUUUUCUUGCCCACCAUUCUGAAAGACUUCCACUGGAGCACGUCUGAGGCACAACUUCACACCAUUCCUGUCUAUGUCUUCGCCGCUGGUUGUAUGAUUUUGGGUGCAUGGGCUUCUGACAAGCUCAAGCAUAGGUCAAGCUUCAUUGUUGGUGGCAUCUUCGUGACCACCAUUGGCUACGUAAUGCUAUUGAACCAAGCAGACAAGUCCCGCGACUAUAAAUUCGGUGCUGUUUUCUUAGUCUUUGGCGGAGACUACAUGGUUGUGCCCAUGGCUCUCGCCUGGUUGCAGAACAACCUAUCUGGUCACUGGAAGCGGGCCUUUGGCGCGUCCAUCCAAGUGAUGAUUGGCAAUAUUGCAGGAAUUAUUGGUAGCAAUGUGUUCCUCCAAAACGAUUCUCCGUGGUUUCAUGCUGGAUAUGGUGCCAGUAUCGGCUUCUUGUGGUUAGGGGGCAUAGCGGCUAUUGCCAUGGCCCUGUUGAUGGCGGCAGAGAAUACGCGACGGGAUCAAGGUCACCGGAAUAACCUUCUGGAACUUCCGGAAGAAGAGAGGAAUAACCUGGGAGAUGCCCAUCCAUCGUUUCGCUUUACAUUGUGAGGCUGUGUCUGGUGGGGAUAUCUGUCACUCAAUUGAAAACGUACAAAUGAAGAUGCUUAAUAUACCCUUUACUAUAAUAUAGUAUAUCUAUACUGCGUGAUUUAAUACGACAAAAUAAGGAGUCUCAGUUUAACGUGUUUACCCAUCUCGUCUCUAAUCCAUGCCAUAAACAUGUACUUUUACAUCAAUACCCUAGAGUAUAUUUUCACAUGCACAACCUCGCAGAAUUGUUUGCUUCACACACACAAA